AGAGAGAGAGAGAGAGAGAGAGAGAGAGAGAGAGAGAGCUCAGACAUGGCAAUAGAUUCAGACUAUGGUGCAUUCAUGGAGAAGUUCGUUCUACAACCAAGCCCAUCAGCCCAUGAGCUUCCUUUGAAUUCGCUCACCUUUGCUGUUAAAGACAUAUAUGAUGUUGAUGGAUAUGUGACUGGCUUUGGAAAUCCUGACUGGGCAAGGACUCAUCCGGCUGCCACGUCGACAGCCCCAGCCGUUUUGGCAGUCUUAAGGGCAGGUGCUACAUGUAUUGGUAAAACUGUCAUGGAUGAAAUGGCAUAUAGUAUAAAUGGAGAAAAUAUACAUUAUGGCACACCUAGAAAUCCAUGUGCUCCUGAUCGGGUACCCGGAGGAUCUUCCAGUGGAUCUGCUGUUGCUGUAGGAGCAAAGCUUGUUGAUUUUGCCUUAGGAACUGACACUGGAGGAAGUAUAAGAGUACCUGCAUCAUACUGUGGAAUUCUUGGCUUUCGGCCUUCACAUGAUGUCAUUUCUACAACUGGAGUUAUUCCUAUGGCACAGAGUUUUGAUAGCAUGGGAUGGUUUGCUAGGGAUCCUGUGAUUUUGAACAGAGUUGGACGAGUACUACUGCAAUUACCUAAUGUGGAUGCUGUCAACCCCUCUCAGAUAAUUAUUGCUGAGGAUUGUUUCCAGCUUUCAGCCAUUCCAAGUGAUCGUGUUACUGAACCACUUUUUAAAUCAGUGAGCAAGCUCUUUGGAGGUGAUCUUGUAAAGCAUGCAAUCCUUGGGGACUAUGUCAAGGAAAAAGUUCCGAGUUUAAAACAAUUUAUGACUAAGGAAAAUGCAGAUCAAGAGUACAAUAUACCAUCUUUGGCAGCCCUUUCAAGUGCCAUGCGGCUGCUUCAAAGGUAUGAAUUCAAGAAAAACCAUGGUGAAUGGGUCAGUACUGUCAAACCUGAUUUGGGUCCUGGAAUAUCAGAAAGGGUAUGGGAAGCCAUUAGGACAACAGAUGAAAAUGUGGAUGUCUGUCACUCUGUAAAGACUGAACUACGUGCUGCUCUUAAUGCUCUUCUUGGGGAUUGUGGUGUCCUGGCAAUUCCCACAGUUCCAGGGCCUCCACCAAAACUACAAUGUGAUCCAAUUCCAUUAGAAGCUUUUCGUGCCAAGGCUUUUAGCUUGCUAUCAAUUGCUGGAGUAUCCGGAUUCUGCCAAGUGAGUAUUCCACUAGGGCUCUAUGAUAAUCUUCCUGUGGCAAUUUCCUUGUUGGCAAAACAUGGUUCAGAUGGGUUCCUGCUUAAUCUUGUUGAGUCUCUGUACAAAAAUAUCCAAGAAGAGGUUGGCAUUGCUGAGAAAAAGGGUUACUGAAUUCUCUCUCCCUAAUAUUUUAUUGUAAGUGUUAGAUCCUACUCAAAAAUAUAAAAUUGGGAUAGGGUUUUCUGCUUGCACUUUUGUGCCACACAGGCCAUUUAAUCCCAAAACAUUUUAAUUCUCCAAGUAACUCUGAAAUGUAACUAAUAACUACUUGAUCAUCAUCAAUAUAUUGUGCUAUUUCCAACUCAAUGGAUUAAACUUCA